GACAUAUUGUUUGCUUUCUGCCACUCAGCCUAUAGAGUUAUGUUAUAAGCGAUAUGGUAUAAAGACCAAGGCGCAACCAACGGCAAUCAAAGCGAGAUUUUGGAAGCUGAGGUUUACAGACGUCUGGCACACGACCUACACGCGACACGACACUGCAUGAGGAACCAGCACUAUAGAAGCUGCAGCCCUAAGGAAUGCCAGAAAUAUAAACAUAUUUUUAGACCCAUUUUUAACAUUUAUUACACGGCAUUAAGAAACGGAUUAGUGAAAUAUGCCUAAGUCAUUUUUGAUAAAACAUAUAAAAGACGAAGAAAUGGGUGGAAACGGUGAUGCGAAAAGUGAUGCAAAUAAUUCUACGGAAGAAAUGCAACCAACGGCAGGGAGUGCUUUUCGAAUUGUUACUCCAAGACAAGCAAAAGACGAACGCAAUACAGAGGGCCAAACAUGUUCAACCAGUCCUAUUGCGGCAUCUUCUCCACCAGGAUUAUCACCAACUGGCUCCGGGAAAACGUCCAUCAUUCCCCCGACAUUGUCACCAUUCUUCACCGCAUUACCCACGUCGCCAGCUAGUACACAUACGCGACCACAAAUAGUCCGGCCAUGGCUAGAUGAUUUCUCUUCGCACAAAGCCCCAACUUUAUCGCCCUACAGCCAACAGAUAAAGGAGAUGUUGUUGGAAACAGAAGGAAAAAUAAGCUACACGGACCUCUACAGAGCCCAUCUAGCGCGUCUCAACUACGAGCAAGCGAAGAAGGCGUUCAUGGCACGAACAUCGGCGCAACUCUACCAAGAAGCGCUAGAGGGAAGCAUGUUAAGGAUCCGCCGAGAAUCUCUGGAGGGACGAAUUUUACAAUCAGACGGUCUUGAUCAGAAUUACGUCCCAGAGAGCGAAGAAAUAGUUCCCGGGAGUACGUUUUCUGGCGUUCACGGCACAUACAAAUGCAUGAAAUGCAACAAACUUUUCAGUACUCCUCACGGCUUAGAAGUCCAUGUUCGACGUUCUCAUAGCGGGAAACGGCCAUUUGCAUGUGAUAUAUGCUCAAAAACAUUCGGUCAUUCGGUCAGUUUGAGUCAACACAGGACCGUGCAUUCCCAAGAGAAGACUUUCAUUUGUAAGCAAUGUGGGAAGACGUUCAAACGCUCCUCUACUCUCUCGACUCAUCUGCUCAUCCACAGUGAUACGAGGCCAUACCCGUGUCAGUACUGCGGCAAACGGUUUCACCAAAAAUCAGACAUGAAGAAACACACGUACAUACAUACAGGUGAAAAGCCGCACAAAUGUUUAGAAUGUGGAAAAGCAUUUAGUCAAUCUUCAAACCUAAUCACACACUCGCGGAAGCAUACAGGGUAUAAACCUUUCAACUGCACUACUUGUGCACGCAGCUUUCAGCGAAAGGUGGACUUGAGGAGACAUAUUGAAACACAGCAUAAUGACAAUAAACUUGCAGCGGCCACAGUGUUAAAGCAACCACAACUGACGUCACUGCCAAAUACCAUGACGUCAAUUGAUCACGUUCAAGUGUGAGAAAUAACUGUAUAUAAUCACAACGCAUAGUAAUGACGUCAUUUUUAUAAAGUUAUUAUGAGAAUAUACCAAUGAGACGUCGCUGUAUAUAUUUAAAUACCAUAUUGACAUGACGUCAUUUUUAUCAGGCG